UGAGUCUGCACACACUUGCCUGGGUGCCCCUCAACCCUACUCCCGCCAUCCCUACAUUUUUCCUCCAUUUUCCUCAUCUUUGAUCUUCUAAUUUCUAAUCUUCCACAAGCUGUCCAGCAGAAACAUCAGACAGAAAGCAUGCUAACUCUACUGGUGUUCACAUCUGUGGUGCUGCUCAGUGCAGCUCCCCAGUCAGAGGCUAUAGUGGUGUAUACUGGCUGGGAGAGACAUGCUUUGGUAGGCUCAGAUAUCCGGCUUUCCUGCUCUUUCUUCUCAUGGCGAUGGACUUCUGAUGAUGUCACCUUCUCUUGGAGCUACAGGCCAGAUGGGGCGAAAGACAGCAUCGCUAUUUUCCACUACACAAACGGAGUUCCCUAUAUGGACAACAAAGGACCAUUCCGGGACCGCCUGGAGUUUGUGGGCAACCCAGCUCGUCGCGAUGGCUCUAUCCUGAUCCGAAAUCUGGACUUUGCUGAUAAUGGAACCUUCACCUGUGAUGCCAAGAACCCUCCAGAUAUAGUGGGUCGACCCUCCAGUGUACGACUUCUGGUAUUUGAGAAAAUCCCAAUUCAGGCCGGCGUGAUCACAGGUGCGAUUAUUGGGGUGGUUUUAGGUUUGCUGAUCCUGGUGGUGGCCAUCUACUAUCUGAUGCGCUUCCUGGUGGCCCGGCGCGUCUUCAGCUUGAGUGUGAGCAAACAUGGCAAGAAAGGCAAAGGGAAAGAGGGAGCCCAGCAAAAACAGGUGCUGUGAUGUCAUGCUGCCACUCUCUGUCGGACUGACUGACGGCUUCCUGUUUUGUCCCCCCUUCCAGAAACCAAAGGUUCCCCCUGUUUACCUCUCCUUCUAAUUGCUCGUUCUCGGUUUCCCCCUUUCCCAUCUCUUUCUUCUUCUCUUCCUCUAUGCCACUUUCUUCUUCUCCUUUUCCACUUCUGUUAAUCUUCACACCAUGCAUCAUAUAACAACACACCUCUUCUUUUCUCUCUCUUGCUAUGGCUCUCUCUCUUGCUCUUUCCUUUUUCUCGCUCUCUUUAUCCCUCACUCCUGCCAUAGUGACUCUAUCCUCCCCUCCCCACACUCCCUCUCUCUCCCCAGGCUUCUGUUGUGGUGGAUCCUGGCAAGCAGAAGGUGCCAGCAUCUGAGAAGAAGAAGCAAGAGAUGCGCAGAGAAAAGAAAUAGGGCUUCGCAAGCAGAGAGCUAGAACUCCAGGGUCAAAGACCUGGAGAAGGCAGGACAGACAGGAAGGACAGGGUUCUUAUGACCAUUGAGCUUGAGCUCAUUAAACAAGAGCAGACGGGGGGAGGAGAAGAGAAGCCCAAACAUAGCUCUGCUGCUCUUCUCUCCACCCUGUCCAAGCUCUCACACAAAAUUACUCUUGGUUAAGCGAGUGAAGGAUGCAAGAAGCGUGUGGAGGAGAGAAGGCCUUAAAGAGGAGGAAUUGGGAGGAUGAGUAGUCCCACAUCUGUAAAUUCAGUUUUAAGUUCAGAUCUGUGGUGUAGUUUCACUGUGUAGCUUAGGACACACAGGAGCCAUUGAACACACCCUGUGCCACUGAUUUUUUUUUAAUGACCCAAUGAAUAAACCCAUUGGCAUCAAAAAUUAAAAACCCAUAAACAUUCCAGGGUGCUGAUUUAAAUAUUUAGGGCAAGAGCUAAAUGCUCCCACAACACUUUGUUUCUAUCACACACACACACACACACACACACACACACACACACACACAGUUCUGGGAUGGAAGAAUAGUGACAACAUUAUUCUGCUGUCUCUCUAUCUAACACUGCCAUACUAUCUCUGUGGAUAAUGUGCAGUGUGAUGACCAUCUCACACCACACUGCAUGCAUGCAGAUAUACACUAAAAAUCAGAAUUUUUUGUCAGAUUUUUUUCUGCUGAUCCUGGAAAAGUCCCCUCCCCCCUGUUUUAUCCCUUUUCCACUCAUACUGUGCUGAUGUCAGAGCUGUUGUAAAAAAUAGCAAAACGUAUUAGGUAAUGGGCCACUGAAGCACUGGAAUCAAGCCAUUAUGUGAUCUGAUGUGGAAGUUUCCUAGUAAAUGGUGUAAAAGUAAUUAUGAUUAUGGAGGGUUUUACAAUUUGUACAUUUGGCUUUGAGAAUGCCUUUACCAAGUCACAUCCUCAUUUACAUAACACAAAGAUAUUAUAAUAGACAACAAAAUAGGAGACAGAUAUAUUUUUUAAUGAUUUUAGCUAUUUAUAGCUAUUAGCUUAGCUAUACUAAGUGUGUACUUGUUAAGUGGGAACUUUUUAAGAUCAAGUUAAAUUUUUAAAGUUGCCAGUAAAAUAGUGCUUCCUCCUUAGAUUGAGUAAUUCAUGGUUGAGGUAUUUGAUUUUGCUAGUUAUUUACCAGUAAUCUUUUAAACCUCAUGCACCAUUCAUGUCUUUUUUUUUUUUUUUUAAACCAGUUGCUCAUUAAGAAAUGGUGCUGGAAUCAAAUCUAUUUUACUGGUGGGGAAGCAGCAAUUUUGCACUAAAUCACAUGAAAUUAUUCAUAGCAGCAGCACCUUGUUGAAGGAAAAGGUCUGUUUUUGUCCUUUAUUGACUGCCUGGAAUCUCUGCUUUAACUAUUCCUUCUUUUUUUCUCUUCUCCCCUCCCUCUCUCUUUUUAUGCUCUUUUUGUCCUCUUCAUCUCUUUCACUUUCCUUCAUUUUAAACCCUUUUUUUAUUUCUGAUUUCUCUCAUCUAUUGCAUAAUAUCAUAAUCAUUUGAUGCACUGGUGCUAUGGUAUCACAUCCUGUUUUACUGUAGGCUGGUCCUUCAAAGUAGCCAUGCCUACAUUUUUUUAUAUUCAUUGCUUAAGGGCUAAAUAAAAAAAAAAACAUAGGCCAAACCCACACACAAAAUGCACACAUAGAUACAUGAUUCAAUUCUAGAAAUCAAAAUCAGAGAAAAAGUACUGUCAUCAAAGACUUACGCAUAACCAUCAAGUUUUUUUUUUUUUUUUAGAACACUUUACAAUCCAGAGCACUGUUCCUCACCAUGUAGGCUUGAGGCUAUUAGCGGCCCCUGGAGGGCAACCUCAGUGAAAUCCCCAACAUAGACUCUAAAAUAUCAUAAAAAUUCCACUAAUUGGUGGAAAUACUAUGUUUCAGUAACAUGCUCAUAAAAUGCAAGUGAAACUGCAUCAAGAUUACUUCUACCUAUCCGCCUUUUAAACUGAAUUAUUGCCCCCUGACUCCUAUUUUGGGUUGGUUUGCCCCUUUAGUUUAAUUUAGUGAAGAACACUGCUCUAGUACAACAUCCAUCUGCCAACGAACUUUAAAUCCAUGCAGCAUACAGCUGCUACACACAUUACUUAUAUAAGAGUGUGUGCUUGCAUGUGUGUGUUGCUCUGACUGUAGUGAUUGAAACCCUCAGAAUGAAGUUGAUACUGCUGGCAGAGUUUGUGCAUACAAACAAAUAUGCACACACACACACACACACACACACACACACACACACACACACACACACAUGAGAGUGGGGAUUGCAACAGAGUUAUUGUAUAAAAAACACAAAAGACAAAAGUCAAACAGAAUCAGUCUAAUUAUUUGCCUCCCCACUCUCUCUCUCUCUCUCUCUCUCUCUCUCUCUCUCCCUCUCUCUCCUCUAUUUCAUAUUCAUUCUAUUUUCACUGACUCAGUCUUCUUUGACCUGAGGUGAGUGUUUCUUUUUUCCCCCUACCCCUCUACACAAAGCACACCAUUUCAAGCUACCAUGUUGUAUUUUCAUUGCUCUUCCUUACAUAAAACCUCCAUUCUUCCACUUCUUUACUGUCCUUCAUCCAUCUCUCGCUCCUGUUGGUUUGAACAAUAUUCUGUUCGUUCCUGCCACCUCCUGCCCACACAAGGAAUUUCUUUUUUGGCCUUCUGAUGACACCAAAGCCAGAAUGUUAAUGUAGUUACCUAGCUCUCUGCUGACUGCGAAAGAUGAAUUUCUUUUCCCAUGUUUGUGUGCGUAUGUUUAGUGCAACAACAUGUGUAUAACCUGUCAAGAUGUUAAGAGAACAAAACAUUGAAGCAAAAAUGGAUUAUGUCUUACGUACCUAAUGCUAGUUAUGACAUGCUGUGCAAUAGUUUACUGGACCUGUGUGGGAAACAGAAAUGUAAUUUGUAUUUAAUUAUAUUUAUAUAUGCAUUUUUGACUGACAUGGUAGGAUUCAUUUAGCUUUUUUUUCAUAGGAAGUAAUGCUGUGGAAACCAGCAAGACAGGAAGUCAUUAAGUUAGUGAUAGCAUGAAAUGUUAUAACCUGCAUAAAAUAUUUAUAAUCUGGAACAAACACUUGGGGGGAAUUCACAUUGGAGUGAAAUGUCAAGCCAAAGUCCACUGAACAUCACAAUCACACAAGAUAUGUUUCUCUUACCAAGUCUUCAUCCCUCAAAUACACAAUGAGCUAUGGAUGGGCUUGGAUUUGAAACAUUGUGGGGAUUAAGCGUGUAAGACACCUGUAAGGUGCAUCUAGUAAGUGUAGGGUUACUACACACUUGAUUGAAAGUCCGAUGCUUUUUAUGCAUUUCUGAAUAAAUAUGGAACAGGUACCUGCUUCCCUGCAUUAAACCUGCAUUAAAAUAUGGAAUCAUUUCCAUGUUUUAUGUAUCAUGUAAUUGUAUAUGUAGUAGUGAGGACUUCUGAUAACAUUCCCUUUCCUCGAAUACAUUUUACAGUUUCUAAUCCUUUAUAUAUUUAAUUUGGUGCUAACCUCACUAGGCUAUUGGAGUUUUUUGUUAUGUAAAAUGUAUUGUAAAAAGGAAAUAAAGCUUGAUUUAAAAUCA